AUGGCUCGCUACCUGAUAAUGCUAGCAAUGAUGAUACGGACUUUAGAGUUCGGCCUUGUUGAGGCCUGUACCAGUACCACCGUGACGCAUCUACCGCCAACUCCGCCUACUCCGAUGGGUAAGUUUAACGUCCUUGACGUGGGACAAACAGAUUCGAAAAAAAACUUGGCGUAUAUUUAGAGCAAAGUAUUUUUAAAAUUAGGGGAAAUUCCUACCUCGCGCAUUCCAGAUACCGCCGAUAUUUUUUUAGCGAAGGUUGCUCCAAAUUUUCACUGCUUUCCAACUUUAACUUUAAAAAUUUAGGAUCAGUUACUACUAGAGUGUAUUAUACUCCACAAAAAUUCAAAAUCUUCUUUGCAACUGCCUUCAAAACGCUUUAAUCUCAUCUUUAUUUAGGCUGCAUAACCUGCCCAACAGAAGGCCUGGAAUUCCUCUUUGUGAGGACCCACACAGUCACCGACAAUGCUGACGGUUGUAAUCAAUUAACUUUAUACUGCUCAACACCGCAGCGUACCAUUAGUGUAGGUUAAUAUUCGAUCUCGAGAUUAGCAAAUUUUGUGGAACUGUUGAAAGUUUUCCAUAAAUUACAUUAAUUUUAGUUCAACAACGGAGCGAUUGAGACCGGCCAACAGGGUCAAAUAACUCUUCAGUGUGGCGAAGGUGGAUGGGUUUUCGAUGGACAAGUGAUAUCAGAGAUGACAUGCACUGGCUAG